AUGUGUGGCCCCGAUACUUCCAACAGGCCCCGAGGCGGCGCUCUGGCCGUACUAAAUCCGACCGACGGUCUGGUCAAGACGGAGGGCCAGAAAAUGCGAGGCGAUCUUUCUUUCCACACACCGGGCGACCCAUGCAGCUCUACAGCGACGCAUGCUCGUUGGACCUGGGGCGAGGGUCAUGCAUCGUCUGCAUUGGGAGGGCUCACGUUCAUCAUCCACAAAUCGGGCGACAUGACGAGACGAAGAGAAGACUGCGGGCUGUUCCACGAGUUCAACUUUGCCGACGGGGCCGUUGUGCAGGGGGGCGAUGCUCUCGAGUUGGUGCUGAACCAGCCCAUCUCACUGCAGGUCGGCGAUGAUGGGAUCAUUGGACGCCGAAUCUCCGUCAUGUCGGGGGCCGACAACGCGUGGCAGAAUGCCGUUGCCGAGGGCAUUGUAGGCUUCAACUUCGCCCAGCCCUUGUCGGCUUCCCUGUGA